UUUUGCUUUAAUAUUUUUUAGGUCAGAAUACGCUGAAAAAAUACUCUGUUCUUUUGUUCUUUCGAAUAAAUAAAUUUGAAUUUUCAAAGGUGUUUUUUACAUAUAAUUUUCUACUCUACACAUUAUAAAAAAUAAGUAUUUCAAAGAUGGACCACAAUUCUGACGGCGAGAAUGACACUCUGACUUACACGGCGAGCGAGGUCGUGUCACUUCGCGACAAUAGUCAAACGCCACAACACCAACCGUCUCCCUUGCCGAGUGCCAACGACGACGACGCUACUAUCAUUGUUUCGAACAGCACUUCAGCCAACAGGUAUUACAGCGGGCUGUCGACCAUUAAUGAGGAGGAGUUCUUGGAGGCCAACGUCAAACUGGAGCCGAAACUCGAGGAGCACUGCCAUGGUUACUUCCAUUGGGAGAUUGAGGACUGGUCGCAGCUGCCGGACCGCGCAAUCAGCCAGACGUUCACGGUCGGCGGCCGUGACUGGAGCAUUCUGCUGUUCCCGCGCGGCAACCAGGCGCCCGAAACUGUGUCGCUGUACAUCGAGCGCAAGGCCAGUCACGGAGAGGCCGACGACUGGUACACGUGCGCGACGUUUGGGCUGGCCAUGUCCAACAUGGACGACCCCAGCAUGUUCAAGAAAAGCGUGACGAGCCACCGGUUCACUGCCGAAGAGUCGGAUUGGGGGUUCACGCGCUUUGCUGAGCUGCGGCACAUGAUCACGCCCAGCGACGAUAGCUCGCCGGCGCUGCUGGACAAGGGCCGCGUGCGCAUUAGCGCAUAUGUGCGCAUAGUCAAGGACCCGCUGGGCGUGCUCUGGCACAACUUCCACAACUACAACUCGCGCAAGUACACAGGCCAUGUUGGGCUGCGGAACCAGGGCGCCACCUGUUACAUGAACUCGCUGCUGCAGUCGUUGUACUUUACAAAUGAGUUCCGCAACGCUGUGUACCAGAUUCCGACCGAGGAUGAGGACCCGAAAAAGUCGGUCGCCCUGGCGCUGCAGCGUGUGUUCUACAACCUGCAGGUCAGCAGCGAGCCCGUAGACACGACUGAGCUGACAAAGUCGUUUGGCUGGGACUCGCUCGAGUCGUUCAUGCAGCACGACGUACAAGAGUUCAACCGCGUGUUGCAGGACAGCCUCGAGACCAAGAUGAAGGGUACCGUGGUGGACGGCGCAGUCGCUAACCUGUUUGAGGGUAAGAUGAAGAGCUACAUUCGCUGUGUCAAUGUCAACUACGAGUCAUCGCGGGUCGAGAACUACUACGACAUCUCGCUCAACGUCAAGGGCUGCAGCACGCUGCGCGACUCGUUCGCCAACUACUGCGAGGUCGAGAUGCUGGACGGCGAGAAUAAGUACCAAGCCGAGGGCCACGGCCUGCAGGACGCGCGCAAGGGCGUGAUCUUCGAGUCAUUCCCGCCCGUGCUGCAGCUGCAGCUCAAGCGCUUCGAGUACGACUUUAUGCGCGAUGCGAUGGUCAAGAUCAACGACCGCCACGAGUUCCCGCCGUCGAUCGAUCUGGGCGAGUUCCUCUCGGAGGAUGCCGACCGCAGCAAGUCGUGGAACUAUGUCCUGCACGGCGUCCUCGUGCACAGUGGCGACCUGCACGGCGGCCACUACUUUGGGCUUUUGCGCCCGACCACCGAGAACAAAUGGUUCCGCUUUGAUGACGACCGUGUGGUGCCAGUGUCGGGCGACGAGGUGUUCGAGGAGUACUACGGCGGCGAGUUCACGAAAGACACCCAGCACCCCCAGCAGCCGCAGCAGCUGGGCACUCGCGCGCGGCCGAUCAGUAAGCGGUUCACCAACGCCUACAUGCUGGUGUACAUUCGCGAGUCCGAGCGCGACAGGGUGCUGAGCACCGAUGAGGCGCCCGUGCCUGAGCAUUUGCUCAGGAGAAUACAGCAGGAGAAGGAUGAGCUGGUGCGGCGGCAGCGCGAGAAGCAGGAGAUGGCGAACACGGUGGCUGUCAAGGUUGUUAGCAACUUUGAGUUCCGCGGCCACCAGGGCUUUGACCUGUGCCAGUUUGGCCCGCGCCAGCCCAGCAGCAACCCGCUGUUCAGCGAGCGUAUGCCGCGCACAAUGACGCUGGGCGAGUUCAAGGAGCACUACGCCAAUGCCAUUGGCAGGGAUCCUGAGGAAUUCCGCCUGUGGUCGAUGGUUGGGCGCCUCAACAAGACCAUCCGCUGCGACGCGCCGCUGCUGGAUGACUCUAUGUCCCAGACUCUGGCACAGAUCAAGGAGACCCGGUCGCUCAAGUGGCCUGAGGUGCGCUUCUACUGCGAGCUGCGCGACACGCAGGCGAUGCCCGAUGGUUUCAUGGCCACGCCCGUGCCCAAGGGGCUGUCCCUGAUUCACCUCAAGUUCUACGACCCUGACAUGGGCAUGGUCGGCAUCGGCAGCAUGUACGUGCACAGUGGCCAGCUCAUCCGGGACAUCAAGCCGUCGCUGCUCAGCAUGGCCAAACUGCCCGCAGACACGCAGAUCAUUCUGUACGAGGAGGUCAAGCCGUCGCUGAUCGAGAGAAUGGAUGUCAGCCUUUCGUUCAGCAAGGCCGAGAUCCAGACCGGCGACAUAAUCUGCUACCAGGUGGCACCAGCUCCAGGUACGCAAAAGUACCUUGCCACGGUGCCCGAGUACUUUGACGACAUCCAGCACCGCGUCUGCGUGCGCUUCGUGCCGCGGCCCGCCUCCAAGGACCAGGAUGACUAUAACGGUAGCGACAGCGACAGCCAGGCGGCCGACGACAUGCCAAUAUUGAAGGCCAGCAACAAGCUACCCUACGACAACGUGGCGCAGUGGCUUGCAGGCCAGAUCGGCGCGGAGGACCCGCUCAAGCUGCGCUUCUACACGGUCAGCCCGACGGGCCAGCCGCGGCAGCCUGUCAGGCGCAUCAUGUCGACUGUGCUCAGCGAUAUGCUGCCCAACUCGAUGUACACGCAGCCGGCGCUCAACUCCGACGGCCUGCCCGAGUACACGGUUAUGUACGAGCGCCUUGAGUACAGUCUCGCGCAGAUGGAGAACAUGCGCUCGGUGCGGGUGACGUGUGUUGGCAAGAGCAUGCGCGACGAGUCGCAUGUCGAGUUCCUCGUGCCCAAGACCGGUGUUUCACAGAUUAUUAUUGACAACACGUACGCCAAACUCGAGCAACAGCAGCGGUCUGGAGAGGCGGACCCGGCUGUUGCUGCCGAUGCGGCUGCGCCAAAGCCCAGUCCAAUGCGCUUCUACACGGCCUCCUACCACCGGUUCAGCUACUUGCUGACCGGUGCCGAGCGCAUCUCUGAGAUGGGCAACCCGAGCGUCGCCGAGGUUAUAGCUGAGCGGCUCCCGAGCACCAACGGUACCAGCAUCGCCAACGGAUCUCCCGCGCCUCAAAAGGCAGACAGCGACCUGCUCAUGGACAUUGAUGUCUUUUCCAAGCAGGGGGAUGGCGUGGACAUUGAAGUGUUUCACUUUUACCGCGAGCUCAACAACACGCACAGCGUGCCCUUCUUGUUCCGCGUCUAUCCUGGCGAGGUCUGGGCGGAUACGUGGGCAAGGCUCGGGCGCAAGCUGGGUCUGGGCGAGAAGGAGCUGAAGAACCUCGGGGUAGUGUACGGAUCGGCCGGAACGGUUGAACUUCAGCGCUGCCACGUCAUCCAGGGCUUUGGAGAGGAGCCCGUCGAUUCCUCUCCGUCCAUGGCCAUGGUCGUUGUCAACAACAACGGCACCGGGCAGAAUUCACCGAUGGGCUCUCCGCAGCGCAUUGAUGCCGAUGCCGAGCCAUUGCAGCCUGCUGCUGGGGCAGCGGCUGCGGCAGUAUCGAUGCUGGGCAGCGAUGAUAUGUCUCUGUGGGACUUGAUCCAGCAGACAACGGCAGCGGCUACGGCCACGGCGGAUACUGAUGACGUGCCCAUGAGGAACUCCUCUGGGACCGCCACCGGGUUUAUUGGGCUCAACCAUGUCGACCGCGUAUCUCGCCAGCGCGGGGCGCACCACGAGAGGGCCAUCCGUAUUAACAACUAAGGGAAAACGGGAGCCGGCUUUUUUUUGUAAUUCAAAUUAUUUUUUAAACACGCUUGUUGAUUUGCUUUGAUCAGCAAAAUAAUAAACCGCGUGGACUAUAAUGCUUGUCUGUUGAUGACGGAGAGACAAGAGAUUGAGACUUUUUGCAACGAGU